AGCAAGAAAUUACAUUCCUGUUGAAAUCAGUAAUCCCUUUGUGGAGACUGCUCCUUCUGGUUUGUGUGAUUUCUUUUGUGUCACUUUGAGAAGGGCUCUAAUAUUAUUAUUUUAAACGUAGUUUGUCUUUGGGGAGUUGGGGGAAUGCACAAGGAAGGAGACAGCAAACUGCCCAUCUCUCAGAAGAGAACAAGACUCACAGCACAGGAACUGGCUUCACUCUAAUGUACAGUGUAGAAAUCAACAAAACUGUAAUCAAAAUACAAUCAUUUUUGUAGAGACUGAAGAGAAAGGACACAAAAGUGGAUAACACAGUGAAGGACACAAUAAAGCAUGGUACAAAGUGACUCUAAUGCACUUUGAGUGUGGGCUCUGAAGUACAAUGUAAGUCUUACCUUAUCUUGUAUUUUUUAAAUAAUUGUAGUACUUAGUCAUUUUAUUUCUAUUUUGAAGCCAUGCUGGGCCAACAAGUAAUCAUUACAAUUACAUAUUAAAAUCAAUAUGGAACAUUACUUGUAAUCUUGGAAUGAGACUUAAAAUGAUAUUGUAAUAUGACAGAAGUCAGAGACUAUCAGCCAUAAUAUUGAAGAUGAACUAUAAAUAAGAGCAUAUCUAAUUAUUGUGAGAGUAAGAUGCUGAAUGGAAUCUUUAAUCAACUUUCUUAAUGCAGAGCACAAAGAGCUCUGCUGUUUUGUAUGGCAAGCUAUUUUCAUACUGCUGUGUUUAAAACUGUGUGAUUACAGUUACCAAUAGCAAUAGGAUGUAGAUAUAGAAGGGAGUCCUGGUGGUUGCAAAAGUUUUUUUGGCCAAUGUUUUUGCUCUCUGAAGCCUCGAGUCCACAUUUUCUAGCCUGUAAAUUAGUUUUCCUUUUCAACUGGAUUUUUAACAUAUGCUGAUAUUGGACUACAUGAAACUGAAAAUAAAAGUAUUUGAGCAUCCAGAAUAACUCCCUCAGUUUUCUCAAUGUCAUAUUAAUGAUGAAAAAACAAUCAACAAAAAAAGAGUCCCUUCUUUCCACCAGCAUCAGCUCUGAACAACAGAGGAAUAUAAAGCCUGAUGGUGACAAAGGGUUAUAACUUUCUGUUUUUUCACUGUACAUCCUCCCGAGUUUCAGAUUUAGCAAUGGAUAUUCUUUGUGACGAGGAGAACCCAACUGCAAACUCCUUAAUCCAAUUAAAUCAUGAGAGAAGACUCUACAAAAAUGUUUUUGUGGCUGGAGAGGUUAACGCAUCUCAUCUGUUUAACUUGACUGUGGACUCCGAAAACCUAACUAAUCUUUCAUGUGAAGGUAGCCUGACUCCGCCGUGUUAUUCAUCACUAUUUCAUCUUCCAGAGAAAAACUGGCCAGCUCUGCUGACAGUUAUAGUGAUUGUUCUAACCAUUGCUGGAAAUAUUCUUGUUAUCAUGGCUGUGACUCUGGAGAAAAAGCUACAGAAUGCCACUAAUUAUUUUCUAAUGUCUCUUGCAAUAGCUGAUAUGCUAUUGGGUUUCCUUGUCAUGCCUGUGUCAAUGUUAACCAUACUGUAUGGAUAUACAUGGCCUCUGCCUACAAAACUCUGCGCUGUCUGGAUCUAUUUGGAUGUGCUUUUCUCCACUGCUUCCAUCAUGCACCUCUGUGCCAUCUCUCUGGAUCGCUAUAUUGCCAUACGAAAUCCCAUCCAUCACAGCCGCUUUAACUCCAGAACUAAGGCUUUCACAAAAAUAAUUGCUGUUUGGACAAUAUCUGUUGGUAUCUCAAUGCCGGUACCUGUGUUUGGACUACAAGAUGAUUCCAAAGUGUUCAAGAAAGGUAGCUGCCUGCUGGCUGAUGAGAGCUUUGUCUUAAUAGGCUCUUUUGUGGCGUUCUUCAUUCCUUUAACCAUCAUGGUGGUCACCUAUUUUUUAACUAUAAAAUCACUUCAGAAAGAAGCUACCUUAUGCAUUAAUGACCUUGGCACAAAGACCAAGUUUGCUUCAUUUAGUUUUCUCCCUCAAAGUUCUCUGUCAUCAGAGAAACUCUUUCAACGCUCUUUGAACAGAGAGCUGGGGAAUUCAGGAAGGAGGACUAUGCAGUCAAUCAGUAAUGAACAAAAAGCUUCCAAGGUACUUGGUAUCGUCUUCUUUCUGUUUGUUGUGAUGUGGUGCCCGUUUUUCAUCACCAAUGUGAUGGCAGUCAUUUGCAAGAAAUCUUGCAAUGAAAAAGUCAUUGGAGGACUGCUUAAUGUAUUUGUCUGGAUUGGCUACCUUUCUUCGGCUGUCAACCCAUUAGUAUACACACUGUUCAAUAAAACCUACCGUUCUGCUUUCUCACGUUAUAUUCAGUGUCGAUACAAGGAGGAGAAGAAGCCUUUACAGCUGAUUUUAGUGAACACCAUACCUGCUUUAGCGUAUAACUCCAGCCAACUCCAGCUAGCACAAAUGAAGAGUUUAAAAAAAGAGGCUAAAAUGAUGGCCAAGGAUUAUUCUAUGGUUACAAUCGGAAUACAUCCUUUAGAUAGUACAUCAAAGGGCAGUAUUAGCCCAGACAGUGAAAAGGUUAGCUGUGUGUGACUCUGCUAGCCUGUCAACAGCUGCCAUGGCAACCAAUGGUAUGUACUCAGAAAACUUCACCUAACUCUGAGAAGCUUUGAUAGCGUAGGAAAAUUAGCCCUGUCUAAGAGAACUUCAGUAGCAUCACAUACUCAUGUUAUCCAGUUGAUGACAAACAGGGUUAAAAUGCUAUCAAAUGUGCAUUUUUUUCAUACAGUAUUUCAGCUGUUUUAAGGAAAGGCUUUAUUAAACUUAUUUUUUUAGUAUCCUAAAUAAUAUAUUUCUUAAAGAAAAAAAGCAAUUUAUUGUAUUAUUAUACCAUGGGCUGUGACGAAAUUAAAGUGUUUCUUUUCCUUCUGCAAAUGAAAACAAAGCUAUUGUUUGGUUUACUUGCUGGUUACGUUUGAAUUAAUUUGUCUUGCUACAAUGUAAUUUUAUUAUCAUUAACUGAAUGAGCACUUUACAAGAUUUUACAGGAAAGAAAGCAUCAGUUAAUUUAUGGAUAUAUAUUUAAAAUAAAAUAAAUAUUAAAGAAAAUGCUCUGAAAACCUGUAUAGAUCAACUAUGUGAAAAAAUUUGGUGUUUUUAUGGAUAUUUUUCCUUUCCAAUUACAAUUCUGAAAUGUUGUUGGCCUUUCUGCCAUUUGUUCUGUACUUCAAGUUAGUUCUCUUCAAAAGUAAAUUAAAUUUGAAUGUUCAUUUGUCACUACAAACAUUAUUGAGCUCUACUUUCUAUUUCAUUUUAUCCCCUAUUCUGAAUGUUUCACAUACACUGGUUUAGACUUUAAAGUAUACUGUUACAAAAAGCCUCUAUUGAGCUUGGUUCUCUACUACAUUAUACUGAUUUUACAACAGUGUAAGUGAGGUAACAGGGUGGAAAAUCAGGCCUAACACUGCUAAAUAAUUUCAGGCUUAAUCCCGUUGACAUUUCUCUUUACAGCUCCCAUAGGUUUCAAAUAUAAUUAACUUCAAUGGGCAUUCUGCAUGAGUAAGGAGUGGGCUUUAAUAGAAUAUCUUUCCCCAUUUCUGUUCCUUGUUUUGUUUUAAUGUUUCUAUACUGAGAAUAAUUAGAAGACUGAAAAAGAAGUGUUUUUUCUUACUAGAAUUUGGUUUUCCUCCAUCACAUAUGCAAACUGUUUUGCUGUUGUUAGAGGGUUCCUCAGGAAUGCUGGGCUCCUUGCAUUAUUUGGCUACAAUCUUAAUGAGGGAUUCCUGGGCAGAUCCUUACAUUUUGUGGAGGCCCACUGAAAAUAAUGAGAUUCUGCAAAUGGUGUAGGAUUCUACCUGCACAGACUUAAAUGGCAGGAUAGUUAGAUUAUUUAAAAAGCAUCAAUAUUUUACUUUGAUAAAAAGGCCUAAUCAUGCAAACAUUUACUACCAGGUAUAGCAUGUGUUUCCACUGAACCCAGUAGGAUUCCGUGUGGGAGUAAAAUUACAGCUGUUGCUACUAUCUGCAAGAUUGCGUCCAAAUACUAGACAAUUACAUGAACUUUACAAACAGGUAUAAGAAAAGCAAGGUACUGUCCAGUUUUAGAGCCUAUCAACUGAAAAUAAAGGGUCACUAUUAGGUCAAAAGUUAUGUCUUCAUUAAGACACUAAGUUUCACCAGCAUAAGGAGUGAGUAAAUACUGAGUGAGGACUUUAGCAUUUGGCCCCAAACCAAAUUCCCUUAGAUGAUAAAAAAUGAAACAAUCUUAAAAAUCUAACUUAGUGCCUAUCGCGACCUUGCACCAAGUGCAUGGUGGCAUGAGUCAUAGGAGCCUUCCCUGGUGCAAAGAACAAGUCGCAUUUCAGUCUGCACUGACUUCAGUGCAAUCAUUACUCACUGCUAGUGCAUGUCUAGGAGAUCUGAGAAGCCACGGUGUUUCCCUGAAGCACAAUAUUUUCUGAAGCUUCUGAGUGGGUGAGUGCUUCUUCAUGCAAUCUCCCCCACUGGGCUUUACAGACAUAACGGAGCAUUUAAUUUCCACUAUUUAUACUGUUUGUUUAUUUUCUGCAUUUUAUUCAGCUUGGCCAACAAAAGCGGACUCCCCAUUUCUCGAAAAUUUCAUUUUCUGUCUCUAACAAGACUAUUACAAUGUUGCAUUGCUCAGGUUGCAAACUGAAGGGAAAUAUUGCAGUCUAAACAAGUGAUUUUAAUUAAUUGUUUUACAUUUCAUUAAAGGAUGUCUAUUUAUAUAUGGUUCUUUAAAACUUAUUAAAAUAAAACCUAUAUUUUAGACCUAUGCUACCUGACAGUGUCCUUUUAAUUAAUUCAUCUUGGUAAUAAAGAACUUACCUUUCCAUUAGAACGCAAUGUACAAGACAUGGAUAUAUGAUACUUGAUUUUUAAUCUCAUUAGCUCUCAGAUAGUUGCUUAUGCGGAGAGAACAACAGUUUUAGCCCAAGAAGCCUCUUUAAACAAAGAUAAUGGAAUGCAUAACAGACAAAGAUGAAUGUCUCUGGCUCUUCAUAAAUAUCUUUGACAAUUUGAUUGCUACUGUACCUGAUCCUGCAGCCUUGCUCUUGCAACAUUCCCAUAGACUUCAAUGAGCUUUGCCUGAAUAAGGACAACAGCCCCCUAGUUUGCAGUAAUAGAUUUGCAAGACAGUUAAUAAAUAGAUAUCAACUAAGAGAUAAAUUUUAUUGUUGGUAGACAUCAGGAUUUAGCAAUUUCAAGACCAGAAUUUAUAGCGCCCUGCUGAUAUCUAGCCACUGUCUGAACUGAAAUACAGUACUGCUUACUAGGGCUGGUGGGGGGAAAUUAUUCCACUUCAUGAAAAAAAUUAAGAUUUUGACAUUUGUUUUGGUUCCACAUCAGAGAAAAAUGAGACCUCGUGACAUUUUUCAUGAAAAAAUGACACACACAACACCACCACCACCCCAGGUUAACUCAGCUGUUAGGGCUCUCACCUGGGAUGUGGGAGACCCAAUUUCAAGUCUCUGUGCUCUGAAUCAGCAGGCUGUUGGCUAUUUUGGGGUGGGGGUUCUCUCUCUCUCUCUCUCGGUCUCUGCCACCCUGGAUCUGAGAAACAUUUGCAAUCUAACAGCAUUUUUGAUGGAAAAAACCUUUCAUCUAAAAUGUUUCAACCAGCCUCUGCUAUUUAAUAAUAAUUUAUUUUUUCAACAGCAUCUGAAAAGUGUCCAGUGACUUUAAGCUUCUAUUAGAGAAUAUUUCCUUAGUUUGUGGCGACUAUGCCCAUUUUUAUAUAUAGUAGGGCAAAAAAUCCUCCAUUUCUAUCCCAUUCAUCCAAUCAUGUACUGUAUAUAUGUAAUUUGUGCCUAACGGUAAGAUGCAUUCUAUUUUGAAUACAUAUAACAUAAAUGUUUAUGUAAAUAAACACAAGAGAAGAAUGUUUGUUGUAUUUUGAAAAAUUUUAAUGUGAAAUUGUGCUCUAAUGUUUAAUUGUUUUCUUAAAUCCCACUGCUAGCCAAGCAGAUUAAAGCACUCAAAUGCCGUCAGUUCCUUUAUAAACUGGAAGCUUGUCUAAAGUUAUUGGGGUGGUUUUUUUGUUUGUUUGGGUAAAUUUUAAGAGAACUAUGUUUGCUGAAGGUUAAAAAAAUAUUAAAAUGUUUUGUUAGAGUCAGACAAAGCAGAACAGCACCUUAAGGAACUUUAUGACUUAAUAAAAAUAUGGAAAUUAUGAUCAUUCUACCUUUUGACUGAAUGUAUUUCUCUACAACAGAAAUGUAUUUUGUUUGGAUGGGCGAUAAAUAUCUUACUGUAAAUAUCUCAGUUCCAGCAACAAGCUACUUACAGUAUUCAUCAGCCUAUCAAAUUCAUUUGACUCAGGGGAGUAUUAUAAAGGUAAGAUUAGUAAGUGCCAUAAUAAGCUACAAUAUAAGGGCAGUUCACAUAUACAUAAAUUUUACCUCAACUUCAUGACCACAGCGCCAUCUUUUGGUAGUUUUUUAAAGUGAAUAUUAUCAUAAGAAGAAAUCAAAAUGUGUUGUACCAUUUAAUGCUUUGUUUCCUGCCAUGUGCAUAAAAUAAACACCUUCCUAAAACAUCAGACUGUUAAUUGUUCUGUACAGUACAUAUGAUUUUAUUUACAACUGUAAUGUGUGUUAAAGUAGGAUGGUUGUUAAUAAAGUGCCCUCUCAAAACCCAGUGACAAGUGCAUGAGCUUCACCAGUCUUUGUAACGUGCAGCUAAAAAUAUAUAGCCUCAUAUUGUUCACAAAUUAUCCAAUUAAGGAAAAAAGGCUCCUUUACUCAUUGACCAGUGUGGCACCACUGGGAUAACUGUAUCUGAUGAAAACCUUGGUUCCAAAAAAUCAUCCCAUACAAUCCUACUUGUUCGUACUAAGAUAUUAUAGCAUCUCUAUGUUGGGCAGAUUCUACUUUCACUUACUCCAGUUUCACACCAAUGUAAUUCCAUUGACCUCAGUGGCAUUACUCCUGAUUUACACUGCUCUAACGAGUCAAGAAUGAGACCCAGUACCUAUAUGUUCACAUACCCAUUCUGAUUUCCAUCAGCUGCAGCUCAGUUUUCAGUCUUUCAAGCCAGCCUUAUCAUCAUCUUCAUUAUUUAUGUUACAAUUGUGCCUAGAAAUGUCAAUUAGGACCAAGGUCUUAAACAAAUCCUGCUUGUUCGCACUAUAAACAGUCUGCAGUUUUGUGAAACAAAAGGGUUCUGGCUUAACAGAAACAGAGCCAGCACUAGGCAUAACCAGACUAAGCAAUUGCUCAGGGCCCUGUGAGCAGCUCAAGGGAGCCCCCUAUUCGCUUUUUAUUAUUUGUGGGAGGCAAAAUAUUCCUGCUUAGGGCCCCCAAUGGGGUAGCACUACCUCUGAACAGAAGGCAACUAAAGUAGACAAUUCAAUAAGCAGUAGUAGUUCAAAAUAAUAGAAUCCAAAAUCUGAAUGACGAUUGCAGUCUUUAAUUGUUGCUUUCUGCAUGGAUAAGGAGUUUACUCUUCAAUAAAUACAAUCACCAGGUAUUAUUUUGCAACUAAUUCAUCACUGAAAAAUUCAUAUGCACAGUAUUCCACAAUGCUACAAAUGGACAAAAAUACAGGUAUUUGGCUUUUUCAGUCACUAAUAAAAAUCAGCUUUUACAGUCCAGCAGCAUGGGUUCAUUAUAAUGAACUCAGGUGUAAUUAAAUUCCAUUUAGAAUUAAAUAAAAGUCCCAGAUUGUUUCAAUGUUAUGCAAAGUGCAUACUGCAACUCCAGUAUCAGUGAAUGUUUAUAUAUAGUUAUGUAGUUCUGUGGGAGGAGUGAGAGGAAGACUGCUUUACUGUAAGAAGUAGUCAUGGUACCAGAAUUCCUCUGUUUUUUUGAAAGCGCCUUCAUUGAGUUAACACUUUUAUUAUGUAGUUUGCCCUGAUUGUUGAAUGAGAAUUCAUCUGGUUCAUCCAUCUGGCAGUUCCAGCUGUAAAACAAGAGAUGUCUGGUCUGCAAGUUUAUCACUGCAUGAUUUCAGGGGACAACUGAAUUCUUGAAUGGCUGAAAAUAUGGCAGAUGAUAUUUGGCAGGUUUCUGUGCUGCGGUGAUGCUCUUUGGGGUGUAUAACCAAUUUGUUACAGUACUUACCACAUGGCACAUAAUUCUAGAUGACUUUAGUAUUGGCAUCAUGUAUCUUGCAAACAGAACAAGAUUCCAGGAACAACUACUUUAGGGUGUGCUUGAACCUCAUUCUAUUUGACACUGAUAUUGCUACUUAGGUAUCAGAGAGGCCUUUAUUUUAUCUGAAACUGUAAACUGUUAUAACAAUGAUUCUAACACAGCAUGAUAAAUUAUGUCCAAAAAUUUAUUAAUUUAAUAAAAUCUUCACAUACUUCAGUAUGACCAGGAAUCUUAAAUUCAUAGAUUCUAAGGCCAGAAGGGACCAAAUAUAAUGAAAAGCUGAGAGGACAAAUUAUUUCAUUUGAACUCAGUGGGAUUGCUCACGUGUAAAGUUAUUCACAUGUUUCAGUAUUUGCAGGAUUGGAGCCUUUCACUUGUGAAAACCAGGAUUAACUCCAUUUAAAUCAAUGGGAUUACAUCAGUGUAAAACCAUUUCUAGACUAGGAAAUUGCAUCUUGUUUAGUUAACAUGUUUUAACUAGAAAAGGUGGGUGAGGUAUUAUCUUUUAGUUGACCAACUGCUGGUGGUGAAAGAGAC